AACAAAAACACUCUUCUUCAACGAAUCGCCUUCCCACGAACAGCACAGGGACAACACAUAUACUACGAAUGACGACCAACAUUGCCAACAGCAGCAGUAGUGGCAGUGGAGGCAACAAGAAAUACACGUCUCCGUUUACGCAAUUCGACAUCUCCUCGACUGCCGUCCUCGACACCAUCGAGAAAAAGUUCUGUCCGACAUGCAACAGGAACGUUCGUUACUUUUGCAACAAGUGCCUCAAGCUGGUCAACUGUCCUGAGGGUGCGGUGCCUCAGCUAAAGCUUCCAAUAAAGAUUGAUGUCAUCAAACAUGAGCAGGAGAGGGACGGCAAAUCGACGGCGUUGCACGCAAAGAUCCUCGCACCAGACGACGUGGAGGUGUAUGGGUGGAAGCAGAUGCCGGAGUACAAGGACGUGGAUCGCCUCUUGCUGUUGUUUCCAAGUCCAGGUGCGAAACAACUAUCAGAGAUCGAUCCCUCAUCAUUCGACAAAUUAGUGGUGAUUGACGGAACAUGGGAGCAGGCAAGCAAGAUGGCCAAGAGCGACAGCCCACUGCUCAGAAUGAAAAGAGUUACGAUCGCACCACACGAAACAUUGUUCUGGAGACACCAGAGGAAAUCAGACGACCAUCUUGCCACCAUCGAGGCGAUCUACUAUUUCUUGAGGGAGUACCAUGAGACUUAUCUCUCUGCACUUCCAGAUCCAACCUCGUCGCCGGAAUCAUCAUCGAAGUCGACCGACAUCUCACCACAAACAACGAAGGAAGACACGGAUGCUGCAAUUGGAUCUCCAGCUCUCGGCAAUCCUGCCUCUUCAUCGUCUUCCGGACCACAGAGCGGCGGCGAAACGAAUGCUCCACAGGCUCUACAUGGAAACGGACAAGGAACGAAAGUGAUUACGCCUCACAAGGAGUGGAUCGACUCUCGGAAAUUGGGACCGUAUACGAACCAGUUCGACGACAUGCUGUGGUUCUACAAGUACUUUUACGAGCUGAUCCAGAGGACAUACCGUGAGCGGACGGAUGGCAGGGAGUUCACGAUGAAGCACAAGAAGGGAUACAUUCACUAUAGUACUAAAAACGAUGGUCAGGCACAGGCGUCCUCGGCAUCGGGAUCAUCUGUAUCAUCAUCACAUGCAGGGGCACCAUCAACAGAGCCGGAUGUCUCGGUGACUACAGGCGAGAUAACAGAGGGAUCAAUGUCGGAAGCUGGUCCCAGUGCAGAGACAACAGCAGCUGCAUCGACAACAGUCUCCUCAUUAAGGAACGCAAACAAAUAAAACCAAUUGUUCUACUUUUGCACUUCGGGGCUGAAUCGGUGGUAGCAACAAGUGC